UCUUUUAACGUCCGAUUAACUUUCUAUUUUCGUUUUUGUGUAUAGUUUAGUGAUCAUUAUAUUAGCCUCUGUUUCAAGUCACCUCCUUGUAUAUAGAUAACGUUACUAGAUGAUAUUCCGUUUUUAUACCGGCUGCAUUUACUUAACAGCUUGAUUCGACCUGAAACUUCAUGUCCCAUAGUUCAUCACUGAUUUCGUGACGCUACGAUUUCCUUACAUUUUGCGCAAGCGCACAUCAGUCAAGAAUGCGGAUUUCGACGCUUGUAGGUAUAGAAAGCAGGUUGAGUAGCUUUAAACAGGAAAAAAAUGUCUAGAACACACACGCAGCCCCUGUGUACUACGGGGGCUACGACCACCGGUGGACCAUCCUCCUCCUCCUCUUCCCCGUCCCCUGCUGGAGGAUCUACAUCUCCCGCUAACGUUCUGCAUGUACAGCCUGAAAAACCUCAACAUUAUACAUACCUGAAGGAGUUUAGGACCGAGCAGUGUCCGCUGUUUGUGCAGCACAAGUGCACCCAGCACCGACCCUUCGCCUGCUUCUACUGGCAUUUCCUUAACCAGCGGCGCCGCAGGCCCAUGCGCCGCAGAGACGGCACGUUCAACUACAGCCCCGACAUCUACUGCACCAAAUAUGAUGAGGGCACAGGAACCUGCCCCGAAGGGGACGAAUGUCCAUUCCUGCACCGGACGGCAGGGGACACGGAGCGCAGGUACCACCUCCGCUACUACAAGACGGGCUCCUGCAUCCACGAGACAGACUCGAAGGGCCACUGCAGCAAGAACGGCUCCCACUGCGCCUUCGCCCACGGGUCACAUGACCUGCGCUGCCCCGUCUACGACAUCAGGGAGGUGCAGGUGUUGGACUCGGGGGCCUCUGGGCCGGGGGAGGAGGGGGGGGGGGGAGGAGGAGGAGACAGCCAGUCGGGACAAGCAGCCAGCACGGCCCUCAUCGAGAAGAUCCUGAGUGAGGAGCCACGAUGGCAAGACACCACCUAUGUUCUGUCUCACUACAAGACGGAACUGUGUAAAAAACCGCCUCGUCUCUGUCGCCAAGGUUACGCCUGCCCGUACUACCACAACAGCAAAGACAGGAGGCGCAGCCCACACAAACACAAAUAUAGAGCGUUGCCGUGUCCGUCGGUGAAACACAGUGAGGAGUGGGGAGAUCCCAGCAAGUGUGAAGGAGCAGAGGGCUGCCAGUACUGCCACACACGCACAGAGCAGCAGUUCCAUCCUGAGAUUUAUAAAUCUACCAAGUGUAACGACAUGCAUCAGUGUGGGAGCUGUCCCAGGGGCCCCUUCUGUGCCUUCGCCCACCUCGACAAGCCUCCCAUCACGGAAGAGCCAUCCUGCCCUCCUCACCCCGGACCUCCAGAGCCCCACUCCGCCCACGAGGUGCCCACCAGCCCAGGGGGCCUGGGCCUGGGGCCUGGCUCCCAGGACGAGUCCUUCUCCCCCUCCGGAGGGGGCUGCAUGGCGGAGCAGGGGAUCCUGGGGAGGGUGCUGUCCAUGUGUGAGGACGUGUGCGGAGGGGGCGAGCCCCUGUCCCCCUGGGCUGGAGAGGGGGGGUACGGGAGAGCCCCCGGGUUCGAGAGGGAAGACCAGGCGAAGCAGAGGGGUUUUGCCCUGGAGCAGCGCAGUAGAGAAAUGGCGGUGGUUCAUAGCAAACAGGACCUGCUGGUGUUCCUGCCGGUGGGCAGUCCUCUGAGUCUGUCCUCCAGCGUGCCCUCCAGCCUGGCUGCCACCCCGCCCAGCCCGGCCCCUCCCGGCCCCCCAGGACAAGGCCUCUCCUCGGGCAUGAACGCCAACGCCCUGCCCUUCUACCCCACCAGCGACACCGUCGAGUCCGUCGUUGAGUCUGCCCUCGAUGAUCUGGACCUGAAUGACUUUGGCAUGUCGGCCCUGGAGAGGAGUCUGGACAGCAGCUCCGCAGGGGUCAUGCUAGGAGGAAACCAGCUUCAGAGUUCUGCGCCCGUCAACAUCCCAGGAUCCCUCAGCAGCUCCAUCCCCUUCACCCCCCCCUCGCCCUCUCCCCCAAUCCGAACACACCCCUCCCCUUUCUUCUCCGCCCACCUGUCCCAGCCCGGCCAAUCGGAGAGCAGCUUCCUGGGGCCGUCGCACGGCUCUUUAGGCCUGAACGGAAUGAACAGCAGUAUCUGGGAGCACUUCCCCUCGGGGCAGGCCUCCCCCAGCACCACCCCCACCCUGUUGCCCUCCCCCACCUGCCCCGACCCCUGCAGACUGAGACAGGAGCUGGACGACGCGCACAGGACCCUCAAGCACUGGGACCACACCUGGAAACACACCCCACAGCCCUGGGAGGUGCUCAAGGCGGACGCGGAGAACUCGCGAGCCCUGGCGGGCCGCCUGGCCCUGGAGGCGGAGCGCGGGCGCCAGGCGGAGGAGGAGGCGCAGCGGCAGUCCUCCCUGCUGCAGGGGGCGCUGGAGAGCCUGCGGCGCGGGGAGAACCCCCACCAGGCCCUGGGCCAGCUGCAGCUGCUGCAGCACAUGCCCCUGGAGUCAGUGCUCAGCCUGCAGGCCCAGCUCUGCUCCUGCCUGCAGGCCGUGGAGCAGGUGGUGUACAGGAAGCAGGGGCUGAGCUGCGUGGCGUGUGGGGAGCAGGGCUCCGUCACGCUCCCCUGUGGACACGGCCUCCACUGCGACGCCUGCUUCUCCAGGGGCUGCCCCCUGUGCUCCGACCAGACCCCCGGAUCGCUGUCUUGACCCCCCACCCCCCCAACCAACCCGGACCCCGACACUGCCCCCAGGUCUGUUAAUCUGACCUGGGGAUGACCCACCAGCCCGGUAAACCCCUCCUGUCACUGAUCCCAGAGCAGCCUCAGGGCCUUCUCAAGACAGGGCUAUGACCCCGAGCAUCCUCUAGGACUGACCCCAGUUCAGAUUAGCCAUCGUUAGCUCCUUGGGAGCUAGCCAUUGUUUAGCCUCCAAUGUGGAACUAGCAACAAAAAGCUGAGAUGCAUCCACUCAAAUCGGACACUUCUCCACCAAUUGACCAACUAACCAGCAGUCUGUUGUGGUCUAACCUAUGACUCCAGACCAGCAGUUCUGACCCAAAGACCAGCCUGCCGACCAGCCCUUUAUCCUCACCACUGGCCACAGGUCAGCCAGCAGUUCCUUUCAGAGACUAACAUACAGUACCGGGACUCAGGGUCAUAAGAGCUGAUUCAGGAUCAUCUCAGCUCACCGCAGGCUGACUGAACCCACCAGGAGGGACCCUACAGGGC